UCACACUAUUCACGGUACUCUGAUUUGAGUGAUUUCCGAUUUUCCGAAUGACUUAUUGCUUAUUAGAGUUAAGACUGUUAAGUAUUUAAAUAUUAUGUAGGUUUCAAAAUUAAUGACUGCUAGUAUAAUAAUAUAACAGCUUACUGUUGGAUAAUAAUAUAUAGACUUACAGACUUUUGUUAAAUACUUAUCUUAGUAAGUUCCUAUUGAAGACUAUUAUAUUAUAUAACAUUACCUACAGCUUGAUCUCUGGUUGUACUUCUGUCAUGUACGAAGUUCAAGUGCUUUUUGAAGGCUACUGUCGGCCAACAGAAGGUGGUAUGUUGACCAAUUGUACCUGCACAUUGGUCAAAGGUCCUAAAAACAUUGUUGUUGAUACUAUGACUCCGUGGGAUAGAAUGAAAUUAUUAAAUGCUAUUGAACAACAUGGACUCGUAUGUGAAGAAAUUGAUUAUGUAAUUAGUACUCAUGGCCACUCUGAUCAUGUGGGUAACAAUAACUUAUUUUUGAACGCCACACAUCUGGUAGGCCGAUGUGUUAGUCACAAACAGAUGUACUAUGAUGACAGUACAUUUUUCAACAGUGACGGUGUGUAUGAAAUCGAUAAGAAUAUUCAAGUUGUCUCUACCCCUGGACAUACACUGGCAGAUGUAUCCGUUAUCGUUCAAACCAUCAAAGCAUCAAUCGGAAUCGUAGGUGACUUGUUUGAACAUGAAGACGAUAUAAUGGAUGAAUCCAUUUGGUUAAACGCUGGCAGUGAAAACCCUUUGUCACAGAAAAAAUAUAGAAAAGCUAUUUUGGAACAAGUGGAUUAUAUUAUACCUGGUCAUGGUCCUAUGUUCUCCACCAAGAAAUACAAGUGAUCAAUUAAUAUAAAAUGUUUAAAAAC